AUGUCUGCCGAAGAGUCUACAGUUUCUAGGCCUGAAAUUGAGCAAGCACUAGUUGCUGGUACGAUCGAGACCAAGACCAAAGGAGAAGAUGCGACGGUCGAGUCAGAAGUCGAGAUUGCCAAGCGAGCAUUUGCUCUCAAAAACUACGAGGAAGCUGUAGAUCACUAUGCGACUGCUCUGGAACUUGCACGAAACGAGUACGGCGAAGACACGGUUCCGUUUGCGGACCUAUUGUUUGUAUAUGGACGUGCGUUAAUUGAGAAUGCUACUUCUCAAAAUACAGUACUCGGAAAAGAUAAAGAUGACGAUGAAACCGCGAAAGAGUCUGAUGCUGCAGGCACUUCUGGUGAUUCUAAGACUCAACCCGAGAAUGGGCGCAUUUACUUUGGUGAUGGAGCAAGUAGUGAUGGUGAAGGUGUGGGGGACGAAACCGUCGACACUGCUGCAGGUGAUUUAUCCGCAGUUCAAGAGGAAGGAGGGGAAGAGGGAGCAGAUGAACCCGAGGAUGACUUCAAUGCUGCAUGGGACGUACUCGAUCUUGCGCGAACUAUUUACGAUAAACAAGAGGGGGAUGACAUGAAACUAAAGCUCGCCGAGACGUACAUGAGUUUGGGUGAUGUCUCAAUGGAAACCGAAAAGUUUGAGCAGGCAAUUUCGGACUAUACAUCUGGCUUGGCCAUUAAAACGCAGCUUUUGCCGUUUUAUUCGCGUCAGGUGUGCGAGGCGCAUUAUCGAUUGGCUUUGGUACUCGAUCUUACCCCGAACAAAAUGAGUGAGAGUAUACGUCAUAUUGAGCAAGCCAUAUCAAGCCUCCAAGCACGCGUGACAGUCAUUAAAGAUCGACUCGAGAGCCCACCAGAUAUCAAUGGGAAGGGAAAAGGAAAAGGAAUCGCUAUAAAUGAUUCCAUCGAAACGAUGGACGAAAAGCAAUUGAAGACAGAACUCAAAGAUGUUGAGGAGCUCUUGAAGGACCUGUCAACCAAGCACGAAGACAUGAAAGUCGCUCCAGAGCCGCAGAAUCAAACACUGAACGAACCAUCAGUGAACGAAACGGAGGGGGUCAAGAAAGCCUUGGAUGAUUGGCUCAAACCAUCCCUUCCUGUGGCAGAAGUCCCACCCCAGAUGGAUGGUCCUGUAAACGAUCUUUCCAAGCUGGUCAAGAAGAAAAAGAAACCGGCGGCAAAUGCUGCACCAGAAACUGAAGGUGACGGAUCAGGAGUGGCGCCAGUUACGGUUGCCGCCGGCAAAAGGAAGGUGGAGAUAGAAGAGGUGCAUGAUGAGCCCAGUCCUGUAGAGAAAAAGGCCAAACUGGUUCCUGAGUCGACGUGA